AUGUGUAUGGGCAAAAAUAAAAAAAAAAUAAAAAAAGAAGCCACAAGUAGCAAGGUAACAAGAAAAUCAUCUCUUGGUAAUCAGAACUCAACAGUCAACAAUGUGCCUUCAACCAAUAAUAAUGAUAAUAAAAAAGUUAAAUCAAUUAAAUCAGUUAAAUCAUUAAAAAAAACAGUUGCCGCAGAUAAACCAGAUUAUUCUAAAUUUAUUAAGAGAAAGAUAGAGUAUGACACUUAUAUGAAGCUCAAAAAUUCUGAAGAAAAUAAAGAAUGUUUAAAACGUAAAAAAGUUAAUUUAGAAUUAAAUAUUGAUUCACUAUUUGAACGUAAUAAAAAUGAAAAAUCAGAAAAAGUUGCAACAAAGGCUAUUAAAAAAGUUAGACCUAAAAAAUUAGCCUGUGAAUUAGAUAAUUAUAGUGCAUAUGAAAAUUAUGAUGAAAUAGUAGAUAUGAAUUUUUCUGCAUCUAAUUUUACUUGUGUUUCUUUGAGUACACAUAAAGCAGCUUUUAUAGUAGAAGGUGAUACACUUAAUGGAUAUGUUAAAAGAAUACAAAAAAAAUUUCACGAUACAAAACAUUUUCCCAAAUUAAAAAUUAAUUUUGAAACUAUUUUCGAUCUUAAUAAUUCAAAUAAAAAAGAUAAUAUUUUCUUAACUUUAAUGGAAAAAGAAGAUUUAAAAACAACUACAAGUGAUUAUCAAAAUAUUAAAGAAAUAACAAGUAGAUUUGUACCACCUGAUUGUGAAAUAUUUAAAAAUAGUUGUAUCUACAUUACAUUUAUUUUAGAAACAUUGAAAUGUUUACAAGAGAACGAUUUAAUCUUACAACUUUUUAAAUUAAAAACGAUAGAUACAAAUAAUUUGUCGAAAAAACCAACAAUCGUUGUUGUUUCUGAAGAAAGUAGUCAAAAAGCUAAAUUUUUAAGUUAUCUUUUACAAAAACCUGAUAAAAAUAUUUUGGAAAAAAUUUCUAAUGCAAAAACCAAUUCUAUUAUUUUUACUGCAUCUAAUAAGGAUUCUAAUAAAAAUGGUCCAAUUAAAGAUUUAGUGGAAAAAUAUUCCAGUUUGAAUAAGGCACUAUUUAAAAAAUAUCAAGAAAGUAUGGUUAUUGAUACAUCAUUUAGUGAUAGCAAAAUUUUAGAAAAAUAUGAUCUAUUUUAUAUGUAUGAAUCUGAAUCAGCAUAUGAUAAAGAUAAUAAAGAACAUAUAUUACGUUAUACAAUGAACAAUUACACUAUUGGAAAAGCGGAUUUCACUGUAUUUAUUGCUGAUUUUUUUGAAAUUGAUAAAAACUUUAAUAAAAGUCUUACGAGAUUUAAUUUAAAUAUUAACAAAACACUUUUUAUAAUAAAUAUUACGGAAAACUCAAUUACAAAAAAAGAAAUGGCUAUAAGAAAAGAAUUGAUGCGAUGGUUCAUAUCAUUUGAUUCUAAAAUACAUGAGCCAAUAAAUGUUUUAGCUGCAAAUCUUUCUAAAAUCAAAUUUACAAAUAAAGAAACUCAAAAAGCAAUUAAUUUUGAUAUGAAAUGUCUAAACUAUUGGUUAAUACAUUAUCAAUUAAAAGGUCCUUACUAUCGUUUCUAUGACUUGGUAAAAAAUUGUAAAACAUUAAUGUCAUAUUUGUUUUCAUUAAGAUUUAUACAAGCAGGAACCAUACCAGAUUCUUUAGAAAUAUGUUUAGAUAAAUAUUCAGAAUUGUUGGGUAAAGACGCUGUAAUGCUGGAUAGCGAUUUACGUAGUAUUUUCAAAGGUUUAAAUAUGGAAAACAUUUCAAAAGAUGUAAUUAAUAAUAUAGUAUUUUUAAUUUUUAUUAUACAUGACUUUUAUUGCCCAUUACUUCCAGUUGGUUGGGCUUUUUUGCCAAAAAUAUUACAAUUAGAUGUCAAUAUACCAUCAAAAUUUGAAAAUACAUAUGAUUAUUUAUAUAAUUUUUAA